AUGCGGAGCUCCUGGUGAACGGGGAGCUUGUCCUCAAGUCGCUCGACUGCUCGGCCAGGGCUUACAGGAUUGCUGACAAGCGAACGGUUUUACCAUGACGCUGAGGAAGAAACGGUGUGGAUCUCAUUCCCAGGCACCGCAGUUCUAGAGGAUGUGGUGAUGGAUUCCGACUAUAGGCUUUCACCACUCUGGGAAGGCCUGCAGGCACCAGCGCAUUGGGGCUGCAACAGUUCCAGUGACUUGUUCUUUGAAUCCCUGGCUCACAGAGGCUUCACAAGAAGAUUUGCUGAAAUCUGGAGAGAUGGCAAACUCACGAACACCAUUGAGAAGUUGGAAGACAGUCAAAACAUAAUUAUCUUCACAGGCCACUCACUCGGAGGCGCCAUUGCGGCCCUGGCCACGCUGUGGCUUCUUUAUCUCAGUCGCACCGCCACCGCGAUCAAGCUCCAGAAGCUGAGAUUUGUGUGCGUCACGUUUGGGAUGCCAUUUGUGGGCGACGUGAAGCUGAGCGAGCUUGCGCAGAGUCAAGGCUGGGACGAUCACUUCGUACACGUUGUUUGCAGGCACGACAUCGUCCCCAGAAUGCUCCUUGCUCCUCUCAAAUCCAUCUCAAAGUCUCUCCGAGCGCUCCUCCCCUUCUGGAACUCGAGAGCAAGCGCUACUAGUGCUCGUAUCAAACACGGUGGUGCCAAGGAAGAGGCGAUUACUACUGCUGCUGCAAUUGGAGAAGCAUCGGCCAGCUUGGUGAAUACUGUUGUCAAGGCAUCUGCACAGGUCGCGAGUGCGGUCUACACCGGAUUCGCUAACACUUUGCUCCGGAGCAUUUGCAAAGUGAGCCCCUACAGGCCUUUUGGAGCUUACCUCUUCUGCAGCACCAGUGGUGCUUCUAUGAUCGACAAGCCCGUCACAGUGUUGCAGAUGCUGCACUUGACACUCCAGGAAAAGGAUCACGGGGUUUCGUCCAAGCCUGCCGCACACAUCUUGGAGCACACGCUAUGGCACUACAUGCAAAUCCUACAGACGCUGCCGGACAUAAUGGGUAAACUAGGUGGAGAGUUUGCGCAAAUGGCAGUGGAGGAAACACAAUCGGUGUUUGAGUUGGAGAUUGCUCUCCAGCUUCACGCGUUGGGCCUCGGCAUCAAAGUAACAGCAUUUCCUAGUCGCCCAACGGGGCUUUAUGACGUUUGGUUGUCUUCUAGGAUGUUCAGAACAGGUUGGUGCUUUUCCAGGACAGGAAAACCAGGGAAAUGGUGGAGGCCAAUGCAGCUAACAGGCACAGCGAGUUUGCCAAGGUGCUACAUGCAAUGGCAAAGCUGGAAUGGUUCAAGAGGCAGUGAGAAAAAGAUGAAGCACUUCAAGCUGUAUAAUGACGAUAUGGCUUUGGAAGCCAACUUGAACCGCAUGGUGGAGACAAACUUUUGGGAUGAAACCAUAGACAUGUACUCAAAUGGUUUGCUUCCUCUGACGUUCAAGGCGCAGAACAAAUGGGUUAAUUCUGGGCACACUUUUAGGCUCUUGGUUGAGCCUUUGGACAUUGCCAAUUACUAACGACUUGGGAAGAGAGACGACACUGGGAGGAGCUACUUGAGUGCAAGGCCGAAGCGUUACAAGGUACUGGAAGAAUGGUAUAGGCACAACCAAAUUACAGGAGGCCGAAACAUUGAUGGGAGCUCUCUGCCAGCCUUGACUCAAGACUCGGUGCUAUUUGCCAGGGUUGAAGAAGAAGGAACCUUAGAAUUACGUGCUGAA